AAUCCCGCUGUUGUUUCUUAGCGAACUUACAAAGCGCUUCUUCUCGCAGCUUUUCUCGUAAGAGAAAUCCUCAAGUCAACUUCGAUGGUGAACGCCGUGAAAGUCUUCAAGAAAACCGCCCCUAAUGGUAAGAUCACUGUGUAUCUAGGCCGUCGAGACUUUGUCGACAAUACCAUCUCAACUGAACCUGUAGAUGGCGUCGUAAUCUGCGACAAUGACUACCUGCGUGGUCGCAGAGUCUACGCCACCGUCUCGGUCACGUACCGAUUCGGUCGCGAGGAAGAUGAGGUCAUGGGCCUCAACUUCAGCAAGCAGCUGACCAUCCUGAGUCAGCAGAUCUACCCUAGCACCAACAAUGUCGAGAACACCCCCGUCCAGGAAAGGCUCAUCAAGAAGUUGGGAGCCAAUGCCUAUCCCUUCUCCAUCACCGUCCCCGAGACUUCUCCCACCUCCGUCCAGCUUCACUCUGGCGAGGAGGAGAGCGCCAAGCCUCUUGGUGUCAUCUACGAUCUGACCGUCUACGUCGGUGAGAGCUCUGAGGAGCGCCCCCACAGGCGCAACUCUGUGAACCUCGCCGUCAGGAAGAUCCAGUAUGCUCCUCCAGGUGGCAGCAAGCGCCAGCCCAGCACCCUCGUGUCCAAGGGCUUCGCUCUGUCCUCUGGCAAGAUCAACAUGGAGCUCACCCUCGACAAGGAGCUGUUCUACCACGGUGAAGCCGUCAAGGUCAACGUGAGCAUCAACAACGGUAGCAAGAAGACCGUUAAGAACAUCAAGUGCGCCGUCAUCCAGCACGUUGAACUGACCAUGACCAACAACCAGUUCACCCGUGAGAUUGCCAGCUUGGAAUCCAAGGAAGGAUGCCCCAUCACUCCUGGAACCAACCUCCAGAAGGGCUUUACUCUUACCCCUCUUGCUUCUUCCAACAAGAACAAGUACGGUAUUGCCCUUGAUGGCAAGCUCAAGGACACUGAUGCCAACUUGGCUUCCUCCACCCUGGUCAGCGAGGGCAAGUGUGCCAAUGAUGCCAACGGUAUCGUUGUCUCCUACUCCCUCCGCGUCAAGCUUAACUGUGGUGCCAUUGGUGGCGAACUGGUCGGUGACCUGCCCUUCAAGCUGGUCCACCCAUCCCCUGGAACUGUCUCCAAGGAGCCCUCUGCUGGUUACACCGGCGGUGACGACCUCGAAUUCGAGGACUUCGCCCGCCUUCGUCGUGGCCAGAGCGUCGACCAGAACUAAACCGAUGACCAACGAACAGCUUCUCCUACUUUUCCUCCUCCCCCUCCUCCAUCUCCCCUUCCUCCUCCCCUUCCCUCAUAGGGGGGUGGGGGCUGGUUGGGGAUACGGAGGGCGGGAGGAGCCCCCUGGACGAAUCUUCCCCCUACCCUUCUCGACAGCGAUUCACCAUGCGAACGAACGACACGACGGGAUUUUUCGAAACGAGCUGACGGCGCUACUGCAGCGACCGUCCACUGUUAUUUCAUUUGUCUGGUUUCUUUUCCGUUUUAGUUUUAUGCCCACUGCGCUCCUCUCUCUCUCGGUAACGCGGUCACCUGCGUCCAAGAAGGAAAUAAAGUGAAAGUUUCUCCUGGCGAGAAUCUUGCCAGCCUCUUUUCAAGAUGGCUGUGGGUGUUUUUGGCUUUGUAUCAAAUCUCGGCCUGAGCACGAUUUGGGAGAGCAGUGCUUUGUUGUUAUCUUAGGUUUCUGUGUCUUUUAAAAGAUUAGUUUUAUUUUUGUGCGUUGUUCUCUUUUCUUUCGAUUGAUUUACUGUUUGUAGGUUGAGAUUAAGAAGCAUUUCUUUAUUUUUCUACUUUAUUCUUCGUUUCUAUCUUUCUUUGUUUUCUUUAGGUUUCGUUUUAUUUUCUUUGAUAGAGUUUCUUCUUAUUUAGUUCAAUAUUUUUUUCUGUGGAUAAAUCACCUACUGAUAAGUUCAAUUGGCUGCCUUUUUCAGUUAAAAUAUAUAAAAAAAAAUA